AUGCGAGCAUAUGAAAAGGCUGGUGCUAUUGCUGAGGAAGUUAUCACGGGCAUUCGAACAGUAAUCGCUUUCAAUGGUCAGAACAAAGAAAUUGAUAGGUAUGGCACAAUAAUAUUUAACUGGGGACUCAUCGAGCCAGGUGCUGUCUUCGCAACAUUUUGGGCAGUAAUGAGCAGCGCCAUGUCGCUAGGACUGGCCGCUCCACAAGUUGGUGCGCUAAUGGCAGCUCGGAAUGCAGCUAGUGCGAUUUUCGAA